CCAACAGUGAAUUGACAGCAGACUCGAAUUUGCGUUCGCAGCUAACUUAACGCGACUUAGGCAAACAGCUGAUUAAUGACGGUCUGGCAACGCGCACGGUAUUUCAGAUAAUCGUGUCAAAAUUAUUUUAUAAACAUGCAAAAAUAUGAUAAAAUGGAGAAAAUUGGUGAGGGCACUUACGGGACGGUGUUCAAGGGCCGUAAUCGAGACACUAUGGAAAUAGUGGCACUGAAACGAGUCCGUCUAGAUGAAGAUGACGAGGGUGUGCCGAGUUCCGCGCUGAGAGAAAUAUGCUUACUGAAGGAACUCAAGCAUAAAAACAUUGUUCGACUCUGUGAUGUGUUGCACUCCGAUAAGAAAUUAACUCUGGUAUUCGAACACUGCGAUCAGGACCUAAAAAAGUAUUUUGACAGUUUGAAUGGAGAAAUCGAUAUGACUGUUUGUCGAAGUUUCAUGUUGCAACUGUUGCGCGGCUUGGCCUUUUGUCACAGUCACAAUGUGCUGCAUCGGGAUCUGAAACCGCAAAACUUGCUCAUCAACAAGAACGGCGAGCUGAAAUUGGCCGACUUUGGUCUCGCCCGUGCUUUUGGCAUACCCGUCAAAUGCUAUUCCGCUGAGGUGGUAACGCUGUGGUAUCGUCCACCCGAUGUACUCUUCGGCGCCAAACUGUACACGACCAGCAUCGAUAUGUGGUCAGCGGGCUGCAUAUUGGCCGAAUUAGCUGAUGCUGGACGUCCGCUAUUCCCUGGCUCUGAUGUGCUCGACCAACUGCUAAAGAUAUUCCGUGUGCUUGGCACACCAACCGAGGAGUCUUGGCCUGGUGUCUCGCAUCUCACUGAUUACGUGGCGCUUCCAUCGUUUCCACCAAUUACAUCGUGGAGCCAACUUGUACCAAGACUGAAUACAAAGGGCCGUGAUUUACUGCAGAAACUGCUUGUUUGCCGUCCGAAUCAGCGAAUUAGUGCGGAAGCUGCCAUGCAGCAUCCAUAUUUCACAGACAGCUCUUCAUCGGGUCAUUAAUGUGGCAAUCAGGUUAACUGGCUCUAGUUCUAACGACUGUUUCAAUAUUAUGAUAUAAUAUGAAUUUUAUGUAUAUUUUAGGAAUGUAAUUUUUAUUUAUACAUAUUGUUUUUAUCCUCAAUUCAUUGCAAUUUCUAUUAGCUUAGUUUUUACCAAAAAUGAUACCAUGAGAAAAAAAUGCCAUCAGUUGUAAUAUUUUAAUUAUACAUAAUUAAUUAAAUUUAAGAACCAAAUUUGCAACUGUACCUAGUUCACUCAAUAUUUAUAGAAUAAAUCUUCAUAAAUAUAUACAUACCUAAAUAUGUAAACAAA